AUGCUAGUUGACACUAGAUCAAACUCAAUAGUGAAGAAGUUUGAAAGACAGGAUGUUAAAUACUGUGAAGAUUUAAAGCACAUGAAGCAAAAGAUCAAGAAACUCGAUGAGAAAAAUGGCAAGGAUUCAACAAUGAUUAUUGACAUAACAAAAGAUCAUGGUAUAGAUGAUCUCGAGACAAUUCUUGUUCCUUUAGCACAUCAUUUUAGAUCAAUGCUCCUCAAUUCAUGGAAAGAAAGAAGUAAGCAAUACUGGGAAGUUGGUGGUAACUGCAAUAUGGCCAUAGCAGCAGCAAGACUGGGACUUCAUUGUGUUGCAAUUGGUCAUGUUGAUGUUCUUCAUGAUGAAGGAAUUGGUACGGUUGGGAUGAGUGACCUGAAUGACAAUGUUGACAGUUCACGUGUUGCAUAUGAGACACUUCUAUGCUGGGUUUUGGUGGACUCUUUUCACAGACAUAGUUUUUGCAGUCGAGCAGAUUUUUGUAAAGAGCCUGCAUUCAGUUGGCUGAGCAAGCUGUCUAUUGAAGGAAAGACCCGAGUGAUAGGAACACCCGAAAAACAGAGAGCACUUGACAAGUUCUUGAGGAUGAGUGAUGUUCUUCUGCUAACGUCUGAGGAGGCUAAAUCAUUGACUGGCAUAGGAAAUCCAAUACUGGCAGCCCAGGAGUUGCUUAGGAAAGGGUUCCGCACAAAAUGGGUGAUUGUUAAAAUGGGUGCAAAGGGCUCAAUUCUAAUAACCAUGUCAAAUAUAUCUUGUGCACCUGCAUUCAAGUUAUGGCAUAGUGUCCAGCCUGCAGAUCUGGACACUAUUGAUGGCUCACCUGGUCAAGAAUUUUCUCUUGAAACUGAGCAUGAACAACUCCCACUUGGGAAACUUGCAUUGGUUGACUUACAAGGCCUUAACCAUCAAGAGAAGCUUGCUUUUUGGAUCAACACUUACAAUUCGUGCAUGAUGAAUGAAACACCCACUAUGACACAGUUAUGGCAUAGUGUCCAGCCUGCAGAUCUGGACACUAUUGAUGGCUCACCUGGUCAAGAAUUUUCUCUUGAAACUGAGCAUGAAAAACUCCCACUUGGGAAACUUGCAUUGGUUGACUUACAAGGCCUUAACCAUCAAGAGAAGCUUGCUUUUUGGAUCAACACUUACAAUUCGUGCAUGAUGAAUGCCUUUCUAGAACAUGGAAUACCAGAGAGCCCUGAGUUGGUGGUUGCACUGAUGCAAAAGCCUUCUUUGAGGCUUUUGGCAAUACAAUUUAUGCCCCAAGGUUGUGACUUGGUGUGGAAACAUGUUGUCCGGAAAGGGGAUGCGGUUGUUGAUGCCACUUGUGGAAAUGGGUAUGACACCUUGGCAAUGCUCAAAAUGGUUGCUGAUCAGUCAAAGAGAGGUCGUGUUUAUGCAAUGGAUGUUCAAAAAGUUGCUAUGGAAAGCACUUCAUCUUUGUUAGAUCAAUCAGCCAGUUCAGAUGAGAAAGAACUUGUUGAGCUAUACAGCAUUUGUCACAGUAAAAUGGAGGAAAUUGUUCCAAAGGCAUCAUGCUGGAUGUGUUUUAGCAGAAUCAGUUCAGGAGGUAUAUUGAAUGGAGCAGGCAGUUUAAUGGGGCUGUAUCUGCUGCGUUUAUGCUAUACUGCUAAGCAGGGUUUGAGGAUAGCUGCUGGGAUGAUGCCAGCGUGA